AUGGCCAAACUCCACCGUGAGCGCGUCGAACACGCGUUGAACGAAUUGCUGGUGCGCAUAGUACCCGAGGACCCCAACGAUGAUGAAGAGGCCGCCAACCAGCGCUUCGAAGACGCGUUUGAGUUUGCCAUUGACGAACUCACGUCGGCAGGAGAUCCCGCCCUGGUCCCAGAUGUCCACCACAUCGCCAGCCUGAUGGACCGCAAGGUCUCGGGCCCACGCAACGAUCAGCACAAGAGCGCCCGUCUGCAUAAUUUGCUCUCACGCCUCGAGACACAGACAGUGCUGGACCAGAAAUGGAGAAUGCUUUACUUCCUGUACAAGCUCUCAGAUAAUGGCGAGCCAGUUCCAGAUGCGCCUGUCGCCCAGGACCUGCGCAGCUUUCCCCGAGAGCCUACUACGCCUUCCAAGCGCGCCUCUGCUCCAGCAUUCCAGGACGCCUUUGCAAAGCCCGGCCUUGCUCAGCUACCCAUCAAUGCCGGCUCGCCCAAAGCACCUUCACGCCCACCGACGAUUGCCGAAAAGCCAGAGAAACGGCGCGAGAGACGCUCCCAAGAUACUACCAAAGAGCAGCAGGCCAAAACAGCCAACUCCGCCGAAAAGCCAGAAUUGGGCCCUUCAGAACCGACCCUAUUACGCGAGCUCCCUUUCACGUUACAGGGCUACUCAUCUGCCAAUCUGACAUUCCCUUCUUCGACGGCCCUCAAACUUCCACCGACGCUCCCUGUGCCCAUUAUCAGCCUCCUGCAUACCCUCGCUGAGCCCGCUAUUUUGUACAAAGGACUUGCUGAGUUUGUCGAUGAGAGCCAGGGUGGCCUGAUAGAGCAGAGUUUCCGCGCAGCCUUAGCUAAGGAGCUGAGGGCGUACCUCGGGUUGGUUGCUACGCUCGAAGGCCAGAUCAAGAGGGCCUUGGCACAGCUCGGUGAGGGCUCAGCGCACCAGGGCGCCAGCAAGGCCGGAGUCACUCUCAAGCGGUGUGUCAUAUGGAUCAGAGAGCCGACAAUGGGCCUGCGACUCAUGAGCCUGAUGGUAGAAGAAUCAAAGAAGAAGAAAGGCGGCGAGCUGAUUGCACUCAUCCAUUCCUUCUCCCUCAACCACGGCGACCCCUACGUCAUGAACUUUGCCGAGCGCCUUCUUUCCGAUGUCACCCGUCCAUUCUAUGACAUGCUGAGGCAGUGGGUCUACGAUGGCGAGCUGGCUGAUCCAUUUGCAGAAUUCUUCGUCUCUGAGCAGAGCGAAGACGAGAUUCUCGAAGCAAAUGGCAACGAAGGCAAGGGUGGAGCUACAAGUGUAUGGGAAGACAAGUACAGACUCAACGACAAGAUGGUUCCUACCAUUGUCACUGAGGACUUUGCAAAAAAGGUCUUCCUCAUCGGCAAGACACUAAACUUUAUUCGCUAUGGCUGCGGAGAUGCAGCAUGGGUUGACACAUACUCUAAAAAGGCUUCCAAGGAGCUGCAAUACGGCGAUACCGCAAAUCUGGAGAGAUCCAUCGGCGACGCCUACAAGACCACCAUGGCUCGUCUGAUUGAUCUCAUGGCGAACAAGUUCAAGCUAUUUGACCAUUUGCAAGCACUGAAAAAGUACAUGUUGCUUGGCGCUGGUGACUUCAUUGCCGUACUCAUGGAAUCACUCUCGUCAAAUCUCGAUAGACCUGCCAACACCCAGUACCGACACACGCUCACUGCUCAGCUUGAACACGCUGUCAGAAACUCCAACGCACAAUUCGACACGUCAGAUGUUCUUCGCCGACUCGACUCUCGCAUGUUGGAGCUGUCGCAUGGCGAGAUUGGAUGGGACGUCUUCACGCUCGAGUACAAGAUCGAUGCUCCUGUAGAUGUCAUUGUGACUCCAUUUGGGUCCAAGCAAUAUCUCAAAGUCUUCAACUUCCUAUGGAGAGUAAAGCGUGUCGAGUUCGCCCUUGGUUCUACAUGGCGUCGCUGCAUGACCGGUGCGCGUGGCGUUUUGGGCACUGUAUCAGACAAGAUGGGCUCUGACUGGAAGAAAGCGCGCUGCGCUAUGGCCGAGAUGGUCCACUUUGUCAACCAGCUUCAGCACUACAUUCUUUUUGAGGUUAUCGAGUCUUCGUGGAUUGAUUUGCAAAGAGCACUCAACAAGCCAGAAAGCACACUCGAUGACAUGAUCGAAGCCCACGCAAGGUACCUCGACAACAUUACCAGGAAAGGUCUCCUUGGAAGCACUACUACGGAUUUCACGGCGCAAUUGCACGAGCUGCUAAAAACCAUGCUAGCAUACAAAGACGCGGUAGAUGGAUUGUACUCGUGCUCAGUUGCAGAGUUUACUCGAAGACAAGAACAUGCUGCUAAGAUUGAGACGCGAACCGCAGCCGGCAGGUGGGGUCUCUCUGAAAAGGACAACCACGGUAGCUCGACUCCAGAUCCUUUUGCGCGAUCGCGUGCAGCUUCUACCAACCAGGAUGCAGAUUCACCUUUCCCGCCACCAUUGCUGAAAAUGGGUAUGACUGGGUCUGUCGAAGAUGACGUACUACCAGCACUUCAAAAGCGCUUAAGUCAUCUGGCUGAGGACUUCAAGGCCAGGAUCAACCUUCUUCUCGGUGACCUGGUGCACUCCCCCGAUGGCGAGCUUAAAAUGCUGGCUGUUAAUAUUAAUUUCAACGAUGUAUACAAGGUUGAGCGAAGACGAAGGAAAGGGUCCCAAAAACGCGACAAGGACAGAGAGACCUCCAAAGGUGACAUUUCUGCAGCAUGA